AGCCUCUUCCCUCCCUCACUCUUUAAUUUGCUUUCACUUCAUCUCUCUCUCUCUCUCUCUGUCAAAUACCCUGUUCUCUCUUCUCCUCUAGUUCUCCAUUCAUUCUUGUGUUAAAAAAUAACCAAGAAAAUGGGUGCUCUUGAUUUCCUUUCUGACUACUUCUCAGUUUCCACCCCAAAAAAGAAACGCAAGCUAAUGCAGACAGUUGAAAUCAAAGUGAAAAUGGACUGUGAUGGCUGUGAAAGAAGAGUUCGCAAUUCUGUUUCCAACAUGUCAGGUGUGAAAGAGGUAGAGGUGAGCAGAAAACAAAGUAAGGUAACAGUAACAGGUUACGUGGAUAGAAACAAGGUCCUAAAGAAAGUACAAGGAACAGGAAAAAGAGCAGAGUUUUGGCCUUAUAUUCAGUACAACUUGGUCGCAUAUCCCUACGUGGCACAGGCUUAUGACAAGAAGGCACCAUCUGGGUAUGUGAAAAACACUGAACAAGCACUCCCAAACCCAAACGAUGAGAAACUCACCUCUCUCUUCAGUGAUGACAACCCCAAUGCAUGUUUAAUCAUGUAAACUAUUUUCAGUACAACAAGAUCAGAGUUACCUUGCAAGUUCAUGUGUGCAUAUAUAGUUUCUUUCAGACUAUUUCAGCUUCUUGUUACCUGUGUUGUCUUUCUUUAAUGGCUACAAUUUUGGUUCUGCUUUUAAGUUAGUAUAGAACUUGGAGGAAUGGAUGCAAAUUCUGUUUCCUGGCUC